GAUAAGCAGUGACUAACAUGUAGCUUCUCCAUGUAAUAUCCAUAGAUUAUCCAGUAAACAUGUAAUGAGAAUACUCAAAUUAUCAGGCGGAAGUUGUGAUCUUGAUCUAACUCAAAUUUUCGGAACUAAUUGUGCUGAGGUGUUGCAUGCAACUAAUAAUCCAUUCCUCUUUGCAGAUUUUCUGUUUCUUUUCCCCAUGAACCGUUGGCAAGAGAUUAUCAGUCUAUAAUCUCUUGUUGAUGGCGAUCUCAGCUCAGUUUGGAGUACGACAAACCUUUUGAUCACUACUUUUACUCUUUAUAUUGUGCCAAUUCCGACAGUAUCUCUUUUCCAAUUGAAAAAAAUUUGCACGUCUUAUUUUUUGCGGAUUUUGCGAAUUGCAUUCGAUCGCUAAACUGAUAACCUCUGGGAAAGGAAAACAAAUUUCUUCAAAAAUAAAACGCCGGAAAAGUUUUUCCCGUCGAUUAAAUAAAACCUCUGCUUGGGAAUCAAGUGUUAACAUAGUCUUCGUUUUCGGACUCAGUCCAAAAUACCUUGAACGAAUCAUCUGCCGAGUAGCACUCCUCUGUAUAGCUUGUCCAGGUUUACACAUUUGAAACAAUUGCCUUCCUUUCUUCAAUACCGAUCUACCGCUUGCACAGAAAUUAAUCUGGAAAAAAAAAAUUUUAUUUCAAUCCGACAUAAGAAUUUAAAAUCUUCUUAGAACGCAUCAUUUCAGGUCCCCGUAAAGCACAAAAUGACGCCAAUCUGAAAAAUAAAAUUUCCGCGUAAUGUUCUUGGUAAGCGGUAGAGAGUUUCUUUCGCUGCCUCCGCGUGUGUUUGCCUUUGAUCUGCUCUCAUUCUUGUGGGUCACUCGCGUCCACGCGAAGCGCCUGUUACGAUCCUGUAAUACACAGGGUGUGAAAUUUUUAUCAACAUCUUCUCCCAGCCAUAAAUGUUUGUGGUCUUUUUCUGAUGGCUAGAAUAAUUCCAAAUUUAUCUCCAGUUCACUAUUUCCUCGCUUUUCCGACAAACCAGAGGGAGCGGUUUCAUUUAAUUAAACCAAUUGAGACAUUGUGAAAAAGGAAAUUGAAAUCACGACAUGCGAUUUGUUGCACAAUCGCUCUUAAAAACCACACAAGAUUUUUAACACAAAAUAUUGUACUAAAACGAAGGAAACCCAUAUCUUUUUUUCUCCUCUUCGCAGACGAUUUUAAUUCCUGUAAAAGUCUCCAGGGAGUGCGUGACAUUCUGUAUUAAUAAUUCAUGAUGUCUGUUGCGAAAUUAAUUUAUAAUAGGCUUACGCUGCAUGAGAGGUUCAAAAGUAAUGCAAUAUCUUUCUGCGGUACGUUCAGGAACCUUGACUGUUUGGUCUUACUGCGUUCUGUUUUAGGUAGAUCAAAGAACCUUGUUAGUUCUUUAACACACAAUCCUCAGCUGAAAAACGACGGCGUUCCAUUAAAUGGUUUCGGAAUUAUUUCACAUCCCUUGUUGAAAUUGUGGCGCUCACGAGGACACGCUCAUUACAAAAUGAUGGGGAGACCGCAACGUGUUUCCGAACCAAUUUUACGAGCGAUUCUGUUAGCCUUCUACUGGAUUUCAUCGACCACAGCAAUGGAAAACAAUAGAACCUCCAACGACACAAACAAUUCAUCGAACGGGGAAACGGAUAAACCUUUCAGUUGCGAGUGGAAAGAUCUGGAGUUUCCCAUCACGUAUGGGCCUGGAAUUGCUUCAUCCUUGUGCAUAGUCAUCGGCGGAUUUCACUUAAUUUUAGGAUUCAAAUACCAGAGAAUAACCUUAUUUGCCACUGGGUUUUCAUCUGCAGCCCUUCUCUCUUAUGCAAUAUGCCUGAUUCGAAGCACUCUGGCCAUCUACUAUAUCCUUUUGAUUGUUGCAGCAGUUGCAAUCUUUGCAGGAAUUUUGUGUACAACAGUAGUUUUCUGUGGACUCUUUUCAAGUGGAAUUGUGGCUGGUUUUUGUUUAGCAAUGGCUUUCCUUCUUGGAUUUGCAUCUUUAUACCAAUAUACAACACUAUCACUACCAGUUGGAGUCAUCAUUUUAGGUUCUGUUCUCAUAGCAGGGGCAAGUGUCUGGUGGAAGCGAGUUCUUCUAGUUGUUACAUCAUCAAUCUAUGGAGGGGCAUUAGUCACAGGGGGACUGGACUAUUUCAUUGAAGAUCUACGAUUGCUAGAUUACUUUUGGCUGAAAAUUUUCUUGAAGAACAUAAAAGGACACGAACCGUGCAUGUUUUCGUGGAUUAUUUUAGGAGUUUGGCCACUUCUGAUACUGAUUGGAUUGCUGGUACAAUUCCUCAAAACGGCAAAACAACCUCCAAAACCUAAAAAGGACUUUCACAACAAGCGUUAUACAAUGGGAUCUCCAUAUUACUCUGCACCGGAUGAUGUAGAGAUGACAGAACUUCUAGCAGAACAAGCGCAAGCACCUCCAACCCCUUCCCAUUAUACUGACCACACCCAUCAAAGGGCCCCCAUGUUACUGGGAGAGGACUGACAUGAUGCAUACCUGCAGAGUGUCCAGAAAUGCCACUCAUCUGAAUUAACUUCACAACUGUUUUUUCACCUUUCUCCACUUCUCAUCAUCAAGAAUUAUUGAUGUACAUUUUAUAGGUAAAAGCACCUUCAGCAAGGAAGAAUAAGGUGAUUGGAUAAAAACUUCUGUAUCAACUUUUUAUUAAUAGAAGACAGUACCUUUUGUAAUCUUUCAUCAUCAUGAACUAUUUUUUUUUUUAACAAGAAUGUCUGACUCGCCUGAGUAGAGAGAGCAGGCUUAUUUAAUGAUUAACUUAAAAUCAGGUACAUUCUGAUGUAAAUAUUUAAAACUUGUUGGCCAGAAGAUUUUCUAAAUAACUGCUCUCUGUGAUCUGUGAUAAAAGUGCUUACACUUAAAUGAAAUAAUUGGUUAUGAACAAAAUAUAAAUUGUAAGAUAAAACACAGCUUUUUCAGAAAAAUUAGCAUUUAGUGGAUAAAAUAGGAGUGGCAGCAAUGAGUAAUCAUAAAGUUUGUAGUAGCAUAAAAGUUAAAAUUUUGAAAAGCUGAAGGUUAUGGGUUUUUCUUUUACCAUAACUGUUUUUGGGACGUAGUUUUUGUUUUAGUUAGGAGACUGUUCUGAAGUUUUUUUCUUGAUUGGUUUGCUCUUUGAUUUAAAUUGAAACAUCUUUGACAUUAACUUACCUCUUGCUCUAUUCUUUAGUUAAGAACAUAGUUAAUAGAGGGGACCAGUGGGUUUCUUUUGUUUUUAUAGUUCAUUAAUUAAUACUCUUGUGCACGAAGCAUCUUAGAAAUUCAAGGACUUUUAAACCAGAUGUGCCUAUUUUACGAAAAGAUUGCAAAAAAAAAAAACAAAAAAACAAAAAAACACUAGAUGUCAAUGAAAGAAACUUCAGGAUUAUAAGUCUUGUGGUUCCAGAGAUGUUUUUCCAGCAACAAAAAAGGUUCCUAAAUCAUUUUUUCACUUCUAAGAAUGUUUAGAUAGAGCUGUAAAUUAUUAUGAUCCAAAGUACAUGAAUGUGUAGAUUCCAAAGAAUGUAGAAAUAUCUUACUUGAGAAGCUUGGUCAAACUAACAGCAUAUUAAUUUAUUUAACUUCAGAAGAAUGAUAGAAUACAAAAUGAAAACAAAAUUUAAACUUUUCUUCAAAAUGAUGUAUAUAGUUUGUUGGUCAAAUAGUUCCUACAAAACCUGAAAGUUUAUAUUUUAAGGAUUGUUAUACUGACAAAGUGUAAAUUAAGGAAAUGAAAAUAGUAUCUCAUGUUCAAAGGAGAACUAUAGUUUUAGAGAACAAAGUUUAUCAUCAAUAUUUAAUCUACUGAGAGGAAAAAUGUUAUUGAGCUAAGGCAUUGAUAGUAUUCGAAAUCUAACUGAAAGAUAAAUAUAUAUAUAUAUAUAUAUAUCAGAUUAUUCUCCAGGCAGAGGAUAAAUUGAUAGUAAAAAGUAUGGUCAUAGCUGUCUGGGUGAAAAAUAUUGACUGAAACACUAGAAAUUUCCUAAAUACUCUCACAUCAGAAAGUGCAAUCAUUUUUUACACUCACAGCAGGAAUGUCACACACCAAUGGCUCCUUGAUAAACUCAGGAGAACAAGUGGAUGACAUAUCUCUGCAAUGCUUUUGCUUUUCUUUAAAUUUGUUUGUUUUUCCACACAAACUUUUCUCUGUCUUACCACAAAUCUUCUUUAGCCCAGUGGUAGAGCACCCAAAGUACUGAUGGGAAGGUCAUCAGUUCAACUCCUAUAGGGAGUAUCCAGAAUUCUUGUUUUUCCGAGACAUUGAUCAAGUAACAAUGUCUUUCACUUUCCUACGAUACAUGUACAUAUAAUGAAUUGUGAAGACAACUUGUCUUACCCUCCAGUAUCCUCAUUCUCACUGCAUCAAGACUAAACUCAGCACCAAUAAAGCUGAGAAAAUUUAAACUUUGAUCACCUGUUUUGGUCUCAAUGCACAGAAGAUGCAAAUUUUAUGCAUGUUGAAUUAGUCACAGUGGGUCUUCUGAGUACUAUUGUCUCUUGCUGUGAUUGGCACUUGGUCAUCUCUGAUUGGUCAAUUCUGCUACACUAUGAUCCACUGACUGGGGGGAUCCAGGGGUGGUUCUUAAUUUUCAAAAACCCGAGGGAGCAUGCCUUUGAACAAUUCUAUGAGCCCCCCUUGACUAAAUCCUGGAUCCGCGGCUGAGUGAAGUAAUGUUUUUCAAACAUAAUUGGUUAAUAAUAUGGGAAAAAUUGACAGCCAGAAUACAGAAAAAAAUUUAAUGGUAAGAGUGGUUUAAAGCAGUGAUGUAAUUUCUUGUGCAUCUUUGAAAUGUCCCAAUUUGCAUGCUGUGUCAAUAUUCAAGCGUCAAUUUUUGAUCACUAACUUGUUUACUCUCAAUUUCCAAGUUGCUCUAGCUCACCAAGAAACAGUAGUGAUUUUGUUCAUAUUGAAUGUUGUUUUACAAUUUGUUACCAAUAACUCAAAAUAUAAAAUAUUGAAUGUUGCUUU